AUGGGCUUCAAGGACCCAUUGACCAGCGUCGCGAAAGAGAUGAAGUUCAUGACGGGGAACAUACGGCACUUGCUGGGAUCUGGACAUCCGAUGCUGGACACUGUUUCGAAAUACUACACACAGUCUGAGGGCAAAUACGUAAGGCCAAUGCUUGUGCUGCUGAUGUCGCAAGCGACUGCUCUGCUGCCAAAACGUCCUCGAUCAGCGGCCAGCAUACAAGAGGCGAUAGAUAAACCCAUAGCGUCGCCAUCUGUGCUGAACGACACGAACCCCGACUCGCCUCUGAGUGCGCCAGCUGUCGAGAAUGGAGAUUACGGCAACGAUACCUCAAUCCUGCCUACGCAGCGACGUUUGGCCGAGAUCACGGAGCUUAUUCACACCGCGUCGCUCUUACAUGACGAUGUGAUCGACCAUUCUACCUCGCGCCGAAACAAUCCAUCCGCCAACAUCGAAUUUGGAAACAAGAUGGCAGUUUUGGCAGGAGACUUUCUACUUGGAAGAGCUUCAGUAGCAUUGGCACGGCUUCGCGAUCCCGAAGUGACUGAGCUUCUCGCAACAGUCAUUGCCAAUUUGGUGGAGGGAGAGUUUAUGCAGUUGAAGAACACCGCACUGGACGAGAAGCACCCUGUGUGGAGUGAGGAUACAAUCAGCUACUACCUGCAAAAGACAUAUCUGAAGUCAGCAAGCCUGAUCAGCAAGUCAUGUAGAGCAGCGGCUCUGCUGGGCGAACACCCGGCCGAGGUUGUGGAAGCAGCUUACCAGUAUGGAAAGAAUCUUGGGCUGGCAUUUCAGCUCGUGGAUGACAUGCUUGACUACACCGUCAGCGGAGCAGAACUUGGAAAGCCCGCCGGCGCCGAUCUUGAGCUCGGACUAGCUACAGCGCCGCUGCUGUUCGCGUGGAAAGACAACAAAGAGCUGGGUACACUCGUUGGCCGGAAGUUCGCGGAGGAAGGCGACGUACAGAGGGCACGAGACCUCGUCAUCCAGAGCAACGGCAUUGAGCAGACGCGUGCUCUUGCGCAAGACUACGUCGACAAAGCCGCACGAGCCAUAUCAGGCUUUCCAGACAGCGAAGCCAAGGUUGGCUUGAUCGACAUGAUACACGAAUCUCGCCGCAUGAGGCGCGCGAUCCUCCUCAACGACGUGCUGCUGGUCAAGCGCAUCAUUCGAAACCACCCGAAAGUCAUCGCCAACCCGGACUUCGAAGACAAAUCGAACACGUCGCUCCACCUCGCAGCGGCCAAUGGGUUCGCUGAUAUCGUGAAUCUUCUCUUCGAAGCCGGCCACGAUACCAACGAGAUCAGUCGUAAUGCAGACCAUAAUACACCCCUGAUGCUAGCUGCGCAGAAUGGACACUACGAGGUGGGAACAGUCCUCGCAAACAGAUACCCCAGGUGCAUUCCUUAUGUCAACAAGAAGGGGGUCGACGCUUUGUCCAUGGCAGCACAGCAUCCGAACUCGACAGCUCUUAUUCCGAUCUUACUGCAGGACCCGAUGUAUCCUGCUACUCCACAUACGCGAGACCUGGACGGGAAUACUCCUCUCCAUCAUGCUAGCGCCGCAGGUUCACUGAAAGCGCUGCGAAUCCUUCUCGCUGCAGGCGCGAACCCUCUCGCGAAGAACAACUACGACUGGACUCCACUUGCCUACUCGCAGACCGUAGCUGCGGAAGUGUACUUCAAGAAUCUGGUGACGGAGUUCGAGAGGAGAAAGGUCGAAGGCGCAAAGCAGAGCGAGGAGAUUCAGCGGCAGAGAGCUGCGGGCAUGCGACUUGUUGGCGACGAUGGAGGUACGAUCAUGCCGGGUGAUUUCUACGAGGAUGAUAUAGCAAUUGGAGAUGCGCUGAAGAGACACUGGAGUCCUGUCGAGAGAAAGAGACCCAUGACGCCGGGUGGUGUUAGGCACGAAUGGGGCAGCCCACCCAUGGGUAUCACACAUAUUAGGACGAGGUCAAGCAGUGGCGAUUGA